AAGCAUAUGAUAAGCGCAAGGAACUCCAGUUAUUAGCUGGCAGAUGUUGACUUCAGGAACAAAUUCACCUAAAUUUCAGCAUGACUAAGAAAUGCAUAAUAUGUAAAACAGAAGCGACUCCAAUUUCCAAAGAUAGACGUAGCUUUCACAUGUUUCCUAAAAAUGAAUUGAUAAGAAAGAAAUGGAUGGACGCAAUAAAUUUAUUGACAGCUCCAAACUUCAAAACUACAUUUAUAUGCAGUGACCAUUUUGAUGACAAAUCGUUCCAUGAUUCUGAUGAAUUAAGAAGUAGAAAACGACUGCGUCCAGAUGCGGUUCCUCAAAGGAUAAGUUUUAAAAAAUCCGAUGAUACAUCAAAAGAAAAAGAUUUAGGGUCAGAAAAGCUAUUUGAAAGACCCAUUGAUAAAGACUAUUCUAAAUCUGAGAUGGUGACUGAUCUUUCUAAUACAUGUAUUAAAGCCACAAAUGAACAAGAUUGUUUAACUGGAGAGAAAAGUAAUAAUACUAUGAAUAAUGUUCCAAACAGUGGUAAUAGAAGGAAACAUUCAUUCAUCAAAAAAAUACCACCUAAAAAAAUUCGUUUUAUGAAUGGCUUUAAAACAGAAUAUAUAACUCGAGAAGACUUUGUUUCUGAUGAAGCUUGGGAGCGCUUCCUCAGGUUAAUAACCUAUGAAAGAAAUAGAAUGGCAGCUGCUCAUAAUAGGAAUUCACGUAAAGAAAAGAAAAUAAGAAAUUUUAAACUUUUCAUAAAAGGUUUGGAAAACAGUGAAGAACUUGAUGCUACUCAAUAUGUGAAGGUCUGUUUAGAAUAACUAUUUUAUAUUUCUAUUUUAUUAUUUUAUUUCGUUAUUACAUAGUUCUUCCGUUUUGGGUUUGGACGGUUCAGAUUUUACGAUAUUGCAUAUUUUAAGUUUUUAAUUCUCUCUUGUAUUCUUAUAUGAUUUUAUAUUAUCACAUAUUUAUUAACUUUGACUACAAUUGUCUUUGUGAAUAAAACAUGAACGAAAUUUAA